AUGAACAAUUUCAAUGAGUUCAAGCAGAAGUCUCAGCUUGAGCUUGAUGCUGCUGGAUACUGGAAAUAUGUCAAUGGCCUGGACUAUAAUCCACCAGUCAUACCUGUACUCAGGCAGAGUCAGCAGGUUCAAGGUCUCGACAAUGCGGGAGCUACUGUCACUGUCACCAUUCCUGGGAACGAGGUUGUGGUUGAGAAUGCAAAGAGGGAUGCUGAAGCUUGGCUUCUUGCUGACAAGAGGGCUCACGCCAUCAUAGUCAAAGCCGUUCCAGUUGAAAGGCUGUAUGUCGUUCGUGAUUGCAAGUCUGCACACGAUGCCUGGAUAACCUUGAAGAACGAAUAUGAACCAGCAAACACAUUGACGGCUAUAACUAUCAAACAGCAAAUCAUCGGAUAUGAAUGCGGAACUCACGAUGAUCCUGUUCGCUGGAGACAGGUGAUGGUCCAGUUGUACCAAAAACUGCGGGAUGCCGAUCCUCUCAUGAUGCCUGACACCAAAUUCGCCAAGCAUAUUGUCACCCUCAUGUCGCAGUCUGAUGAGUGGCGAUACUGCCGUGAUUCUCUUCGAGAUAAAGUUCGUCAAGGCGAAAUUAUGGGAAGGCCUGUUUCAUUGGCUGUUGUUCUUCAAUGCUUGAAGCAUGAAGAAGUUGAAAUGAAAAUUGCGCCUUCAAUCGUAUCCAUCAAUGCCCUUGUCACCAAGAGGAAGGUUCCUGAUGGAGGAGACAAACAACCGCAAACUAGACAAGGCCAUCCAACGACAAACCAAACGUCCUGCUCCCUAUGA